UGUUAGCUAGAGCGAUGACAUUGUACCAAACAGAGAAGUCAGACCACCGAGUCGCUUGUAGUCUGUCAUUUCACAUGCUUUGAAAGCUUUAAUUAGCACUGACAUUGCCUUCAACAUGUCGUCCACCACCACAGGUUUUCCAGAGGACCAGCAGCGCAGAGGAGGACAGGGGCCAGUGCGCUUGGAGUACAUCCCCACAGAAGAAGAGAGGAAAGUGUUUGAAGAGUGCAACCGCGAGAGCCUUUGGUACAGGUCGAUGCCCUUCUCUGUGGUCAGCAUGGCCAUCACUCAAGCCCUAGUUGCCAGAGGGAGUCUGUCUGCAUCUCCCAGGUUUGGAUCUCUACCCAAAGUGGCUUUUGCGGGCUUCUGUGGCUACUUGGUUGGGAAGUUAUCAUACAUGAAGACGUGCCAGGAGAAGUUCAAGAGGUUGGAGAACUCCCCUCUUGGAGAGGCCCUCAGACAGAGGACAGGGCUGCUUCCACAAUAUUCCAAGGGUGCUCAGUCAGAUCUGGAUGACCCAGACACCCCGUCCUUUGAAACCAUGUUCCAGCCAGCCGAAGCCCCCAGCCAGAAAAGCUACACGACAGAGUCACCAGUUCAAAUGGGCAAAUCAGAUGACUUCAGUGCUCCAGUUGAGUCAUACAUGGAUGAAGAGGAGCCCAGGAGGAAGGCCAUCUUCUAUGAGGACCUGAGGCUCAAGAACAGAGAGAACUACGAGGUCACGCUAACUCAGAAGGCUGAGACACUGCUCAAAACAUCACCUGAGAAGGAACCAAAAAGACCCAAGAAAGAAAUGAAAAACAUCUAUGGAGACACCUGGGAGGAAUAAGUGCUUAUUUGUAAUAAAGAUGUAAUCUGUGCUUGGCAUCACUGACACUGCAGAACAGAGUGGCACUAUUGCUCCAGUGGGGCUUAGCUCUUGUACAGAUUUCUGAUCAUUAUGUUCUUGCAAGUGAGUGAAUUAAACCAAACGAUACAAGGACUAAAGCUGUCUCUCUCUGCACUUUGAUCUUGAUUUGAAUUUACCUUUCUCAUCUUCACCAGCACAAAGUUUAAUUAGGAAAAAUAAUACUGAAGCUACAUGUUACUGCUAUUGGAGCACAGCUUGAAUGCACGCAAGGUCGUUUGCUCGUGCUGGUUUUUAGAACAUGGGCAUUCAUGAAUAACACCAUAAUGUUUUCUGCUGGUCUCAACAGCAUUGGUUUUUGGGGCAUGUAACUAUAUUAGUGGUUCAAAAACUGAAAACAACAUGACAGUGGUAAAAAUUUUGUAAAGCAAAAAAUGGAUUAAAGCUCCCAAAACUUAACUGAAAAAGACAAAUUAUGAAUGUUAGUGAAGUAGGAGACUUCUUUUUUCAGUAGUUUAAACAUGCAAUGACAAUUUUCGUAUCAAUAUGGAUCAAAAUGGAUUUUUCAGUGACGGACGGGGAGUAGUUUUAUGUGUCUUAAUUCAUGUCUGGAGGGGGUCUUUAAAUAUAUUCAGAUACUUUGUACAUACAGUUUUUGUGGUUAAAUUUUUUGCACUCGUGUGUUUGAUUGCUUGACCAUGACAGGAUGUAAUCAGUCUUGUGCCCAUGUACAGGUAUACUUUGCCCAUUGUGUUAUGCCUGAUGAAGACCCUGCAGGGGACAAUAAAGUUUUGUGGGAGCUUCAAUCCAUU